UCAGAUGUCUUUUCCUCUCCUCUUUCUCCUAACCUUGUGGUGUGAUCGUGUUUGGUUGAUUUGGUGAACCAUGCAUCUUCUUCUCUACGCCUAUGUCUUCGUGUGCUGCUUCAGUGCGGCCCAUUCAUUCUGUCCUUCCCAGUGUACCUGUGUUUACCAUGGACGGAGUGAUGGAACGGGGACCAGAUCUGUGCUGUGUAAUGACCCAGACAUGUCCGACAUCCCCGUAAAUGUCCCUGUGGAUACGGUCAAACUGCGGGUAGAGAAGACAGGUGUGAGGCGCAUCCCCACCGAGGCCUUUUACUACCUGAACGACCUGCGCUACCUGUGGAUCACUUACAACUCUAUCUCCUCUGUGGACGCCGCCGCCUUCUACAACCUCAAGGUCCUCCACGAACUGCGGCUGGAUGGGAACCUGAUCUCCACCUUCCCCUGGGAGUCCCUAAAGGAGAUGCCUAGUCUGAGGACACUGGAUCUUCACAACAACCGCUUGACCAGCGUUGCCAUGGAGGCUAUCCCGUACCUGGUCAACAUCACCUACCUGGAUAUCUCCAGCAACAAGUUGACCACCCUGUCUUCGGACCUCGUGGAUAUCUGGCCGCCGUUCAAUGGAAUGCACGUCUACUCCAGCUUGUCCCAGAAAGUGGUGCUCGGUCUUCAGGACAACCCGUGGAUCUGCGACUGCAGGAUCUCCAAGCUGAUCGAGCUCUCCAAAAUGUCUGACACAUCAGUGGUACUAAUGGAUCAGUUCCUGUCUUGCAGUGGGCCUGAGAACCUGGCCGGGGUUAUGUUCCAAAGGGCGGAGCUGGACCAAUGUCUCAAGCCGUCUGUCAUGAUGUCAGCCACCAAGAUUACAGCCUUGUUGGGCAGCAAUGUGCUUYUGCGCUGUGAUGCCACGGGUUACCCCACACCUACCCUAAUCUGGACCACUUCAGAUGGCUCACCUGUCAACAACACAGUUGUCCAGGAGUCUCCGGGAGAAGGUGUCCGAUGGUCCAUCAUCAGCCUAAAUGGGAUCUCRUACAAAGACGACGGGGAGUACAGCUGCAAGGCUAAGAACUUCGCCGGUAAUGCAGAGGCUGCCAUCAGCCUGUCUGUGGCAGGUUAUGUCGCUACAAUCAUGCCCCCACAGAUGUCCAAUGGAGAGGCUGGAGGGAAUAGCCCAUCCACAACAUCCUCUGCUCCGUCAACUGACUUCCCCAACUCCCCUAGCACCCUGAUUACUACCACCACCCCAGCCACGACCACACUGCCACCCGUUCCCACCAAGAAGAAACUCAUGCCCAGCAAUGUGCAGCAGAAAGCCCCACCCAAACCAUCCAAGAUCCAGCAAGGCAGCGACAGGAUGCUGGCGGCGGAUCAGAGCAAAAAGAAGGACGCUUCCAAGUCCRUCCAAGAUCUCGAGAUCGUGGAGGAAACGGCGGACAGCGCGGUUCUACUCUGGACGGCAGACGGUUUGACGAGCGAUGCCCCUCUCACCGUUGUGUACUCUACUUACGACGAUGAGGAUGACUCCAAAAGGACAAUGGAUACCGAUGCCAGGAGUGGCAAGGUCCUCCUCGAAGGCUUAACUUCUGGAAUGAGGUACCAGGUUUGUCUGGUUGCCAAGGGAAGUGCGKCAGGGAUAGACCCCUGCAUCAACUUCUUCACCCUGGACAUUGUUGAGGACGAUGCCGAGAACCAGCUGCUGAUGAUCAUCAGCGGCAUUGCCUGCGCCGUGGCUUUACCUGUCAUCGGUCUGCUGGUUUACAAGAUCCUCUCACUCUACUGCCAGAGCAGUGUGCCAGGUUUGGACGACGAGCUGUCUAAAGACACAUAUGUGAAGUUCGAAACACUGUCGAUGAAGCAGAGGACCUUGAACGCUAAUCCCAGUGAAUUGUGGGCCCACAGGCAGACCGAGGAGUCCCAAGAGAGGAUGCUCCUCUUCUCCAGGUCCAGCAUUGACUCACAAAUAACAUACAGGAGUGACAGUUCCAGGUCAGAAUUUCUGUGCUAGCACUAGAUGAAGACUCUACAUGGCAUCACUGAUUGUUGAAGCCUUCAUUUCUUAUUUUUUUAACCACACUUCGAGAU